ACCAUUUUUAACAACGGUCCUGUCGACAUCUUGCAUUGCGAGCAAAGGAAGGUGGACCAAGUUUGAUUCAGUUUACUGUCGGCUGGAUAAUUUUGUUUACCAAGUUUAAUUUGCAUUACAAAGGUUUUGGAAGGUGAAGGUUUUGGUCCAAUUAUUUUGCCCAUUCUGCGCUGGAAAUAUAUAAGUUUCGUUUCUCCUUCGGAGCCUCAUUACAUCAUGUCGGUCGUGGACGAAUUUUUGUCUCUUCUCAACCUGGAGGAUGAGCUAACCUGCAGCAUCUGUCUGAGUCCCUUUAACUGUCCGGUGACCAUCCCCUGCGGACACAACUUCUGCCAGGAUUGCCUGCUUUCCACCUGGAAGGAGGACGACUACAGCUGCCCUCAGUGUCGGACCUUCUUCGCCACCAAACCGGAACUGAAGAAAAACACGGUCCUCUGCACCGUCGUGGAAACUUUCAGCUUGAGGUCCAGCAAGAGCACAGCUGGUCUGCAGGAAGAGGAGAACAAACCCGAGGAGGAGGAGAAGAAGGAGGAUGUCAUCCGCUGUGAUACAUGUAUGGAAGCUGAGGCGGCGAAGACCUGCCUCACCUGUAUGGCGUCUUUCUGUGAGGAGCACCUGCGCCCUCACCGGGAAAAUCCGACUUUCCGCCCCCACCAUCUGAUUGACCCUGUGGGGGAUUUAUCGGAACACAUCUGCCCGGAACACCACAAGCUGAUGGAGCAUUUCUGCAGCCAACACGACCGCCUGAUCUGCAGCCUCUGCCUCCAGCAGGUCCACAAAGGCUGCUCUUUUAUUUCUCCUGAGGAGCAGAGGAACAUGAAAAAGUCUGAGUUCAGAGAAAAAUUGGAUUUACUGGAUGGGAAGAUCGCAAGGACUGAAAGUGUGUUGUUUCAGAUGAAUGACAUGCAGAGCCAGCUCAAGGAUGCAGCAAACAGAAAGAAGACAGCACUGGCUGAUGUGUAUCAGCAGAUAAGAGAUAUGUUGGCUAAAGAUGAGCGCGCCGCCCAACACGAGGUGGACUGCGAGCUGGAGUUUGGUCAGACCAAACUUCUCGACUUCAGUAAGAGGUUUACUGAGAACAGUGAGAGGAUGAAGAAAGCCAGAGAAAAUAUCAACGGUUUGCUGAGUCAGUCCCAAACCUCGGCUUUUCUGCAGGCUUCGUUUGAUUUGCCAAAGGUUGUGAAGUUUGACCCUUACCCCCCUCGAAUCAACCUGGACUCAAAAAGGGUGAUGUCAGUCCAGACUUUUGCUACUGUCCUGAGGGAGAGUCUGACGGAGACCUUUGCUCAGCCUUUUGAAGCCAGAGGGGCAUUAUUUAAGCCAGGUGAAAAUGAAGCUUCUGCUUCAGAACCUGCAGGUGCUGAAAGGUUUGCAUCCCAGCCAGAAUCUGCCCGAGAGAAGCCGGCAGAGCAGAGACCUCAGCCCAGGUCCACCAGUCCUGGUCGCCCACCCACCCAGCCCAUCAUCCAGACAUUUUCUUAUCCUGUUUAUAUACCAUCACAGCCUACAUGGAGUACUUCGCAUUUUGCACAGGGACCGUCGCAUCACUUUCCCAGGGGUCAAUUAUUUGGAGGGCAAAACACACGUAAGAAGAGUGAUGCUGCUCAUAAACCUCACCACAAGCCAGACAAGAAGCCACAGAGUGCUCCAGGAGGGCAAAAGCCUGCUGGCCAGGGGUCCAAUUUCUCCAAGCAAAAUAAACCCAAAAGUCAUCCUCCAUCAGGGAAACCAGCCGGACACCAUCCUGGGAAAAAAAAGUAGGGGGCAACAACAUUUGUGUCAUCUGAGGUUGUAUUUACCUCAUUUUAAAACCUGGUAAGGACCAGGUGUUCAUUUCUUUAUGUAAAUUUUUAAACAUUUAAAGAGGAUUUACUUUGUAUUUGAUAAGUUUAUUAGCAUGGAAAUGGAGAUCUACCGUUCAGCAUGUGUGUUCAGUUCAGUAAAUCAUUAACACAUCCAGGGUGUAAUGUUAUCAGUUCCAUGGUUUAUUGGCGUGCAUCAGCUGUAAUCUUUAAUCAGGACAUUGUACCAGCUACCUUUUCCCUAGAAGCCAUGAAGUCUUAUAUAAUUCAAUAAAAACACAGACACACCUGAUUUAUAUAUGAAAAUAUUUAUGGGAAUGUCUUCCAAUUCAAAGGUUUGCUUCUUUACAUUAAUUUCAAUCAAAAUCAGCUUUUGUCAUCAGCCAUUUUCUAAAUGAUUGUAAGCACUAAAAGCUUGUUUUCUUCCAGCUUCUUUGUAUUAUCUGUUGAAGCUAAGGACACAAAAGGCCUCCUAAUGGGAUCAUAUUCCAGUCAAAAUAAAACUGAUUUAACAUGU